CUCUGUAUGUUGAGCUCGCGCCGCAGCCGCCGCCGGGGGGCCAGAGGGAGAAGAACAGGGAAGCACGGAGAAAAAACUCUUCAACCGACAAAACAAACACAACGACAGCUAUUGUUUUAAAAAAAUAUCAACACGGUUUAAUCUGUUUUUUGCCUCCGAAGCUGCUGAACACGGAGCCGAAGUGUUUCACUAAAGCCUGGAAGUCGUUUAUCGGCCUGAAGUUGACGGUGCUUCGGGUGAACUUGUUCCCGAGUUGUUGUGGUGGAUGUUAGCGACGACAACACAGAAAGAGGAGGAGGAGGAAUAAUGUGGCUGCCGCUGCCUCUGCUCUGACCCAGCCAGCCUCAUUUCCCCUCUCAGACAGAAAGGAGAAGAGAAAGAAAGGAGAAAGUAAAGGAAAUAAAGCAAGGAAGAAAGAGAGUAAGGAGAAAUGGCCGAGGCACGGUCUGAGGAAGAGGAGGAAAACAUGAUGAGAGACACCCGGGAACAAGUGGUCCGACGACAGCCGAACAGCUCCGGAGGUCGUCCUGACAGACGUAAGCCGGAGCAUCGUCACAGCCAGGGUCCGCUCUCCUCCAUCAGAGCUGUCAUAAAGAGAACGUCAACCAGGUCAACGUCUCUGUCCGAGACGCCCCGAGAACGAGACAGAGAGCGAGAGAGAGACAGGGACAGAGAAAGAGACAGGAGGCGACCAGAGAUCACCAUCUUGUCAGCUGAACCACUAGCCUCCACGUCCUGGUUCCCUGGAGCUUCUGGAGGAUUCCCUCCUCCCCCUCCUCCUGCUGCACAGAUCUGGGGAUCCACGAUCCCUCCGUCCAUACAGCCUCCUCCUUCCUAUGAGGAGGUGAUCAGGGAGAAGACACAGGAGCAGGUUCUCCAUCCCUCUUCCUCCUCCUCGUGCUCCUCCUCAUCCUCAUCCACAUCACGUCCAGUUUCUACAAUAACCAUCGCCACCCAGACCGACCCAGGAGCUGCUCCUGAUCCUCAAGACUCGCAGGUGAGACGACCAGUCAGACCACCGCGGCCUCCUCUCCCCCAGCCUCCAAAACCGUCUCAUGUUGAAGACAUCGCCAUCACCGCCAGCCAAUCAGCACUCACCUCCCUUGACCGUGACAUCGUGGUACCAAACACGCGCUCUGAGACAGUCACACACACCUCCACACACACACAGUGCUGUGACAUCCUCACUGACCUUUGUUCACCUUUGACCUCGACCGGUAGUGCCCAAACCAACCAAUGGGAUCGGCCUUUAGCUGCUGUUGACGCGGCAACCCCUUCGACCACUCCUUCUCAAGUCCCGUUGGAACGUCCCAGGCCGCGCCCUCGUUCCAAGCUCAGUGUGCAGCCAAUCAGCAACGAGGUGAAAGUUCAGACUUUGGUGAAACUGCGAGAGGACGGUUUAGCCACGUUAGCCGCCCGAGCAGGAAGUGAAACCACUAACAAGGAAGUGAAUCAGGGGAAAUACCUGCAGGAGCUUCUCGAGGCCUUCAGCUCAGACGACUGGGGCUUCCCUGAUCAACGCAGCGACAGCAGCGGGCCCAGCCAAUCGGAGAACGAGGAGGAAGAGGACGGGGAGGACAUGGCGACUCUGAAAGCGAGGAUACAGGCCUUUGAGCAGCAGCAGCAGCAGCAGCAGCAGCAGGUGGCUGAUGGGAGCUGUGGAGACGGUAACAGAGGCAGCGGGACCAUUGAGGGCUUUGCUGUCACAAAGAGACCUGAGCCCCGCCCGCGCCCUCGUCUCCAGGGGCAACCGGCCAAAUCAGCUCCUCCCACGGUCGCUCCGAAACCCAAAACCUUCUCACAUGCCCCCAAACCAUCCAGCAAGGUAUUCUGGGAAGAUGGGGUCGUACCAGUGGCAACAGCGGGCUCAGAUAAUACCGAGGCUCUGACUACACCUGAGACCCCGUCUGCAGACUCUAAACCUCAAACUACUGCUGAACCAGCACCUUCUUGUACCCCGAAAUCUGCUCCGGCUUUGGCACCCCAACCCUCCAAAAACACAGAAAAACCUGCAGUAACACCCAAACCCCUUCCUGUUACAGAACCCCCCCCAUCUAGUUCCUCUUCCUCUGCCUCUGCCCCUGUCCCGGCCCCCAGACCCCCUCCACCCAAACUCACCCCCUCUCUCAGCGAGACCCCCUCCCCAGCCAACCCCAAACCUCCACCCAGACCUCUAGUCGCCCCCAGGGCCAGCACGGGAGCUCCACCCCAGGAUAAGAACACCGCACCUGGGCGUACUACCCUAACUCUUCCCCCGAGACCCUCCACGGAGGUCAGCAGUGGAGCACAGAUGGAGACUCAUGCUGGGAAUGACGAGACGGAGGACGCCACAAGUCAAACCGUUAAAGUAGCAAGUGUUCGUCCAGGCAUCCCGACCAAACCGGCAGCACUGACCUCACCACGCAGAGGCAGCGCUCCCACUCUGGCCCCAAAACCCGCUGGAGCCUCACCAACACCUCCACAUCCAAACCCGGUCCCAGCAGCCAAACCUACAACUGCUGCCCCGGCUAUAGCCCCCAAACCAGCUGGACCGGGCCCCGUCCCCGCCUCGUCCAAACCUCCAGCUCCAGCUCCGGCUCCGGCUCCGGCUCCAGCCCUGAGGAAAGGCCCUGUGGUCCAGACCAAAGCAGAAACUACCAGCCCUGCUAACACAAACUCCUCAGACCCUCCUCUUCCUCCGCGGCCUGCAAGUGUGAAGCUCCUCCCCCUUCGCCCUCCGCCAAUCAAAUCCACCCCUGGUCGACCGCCGCCUCCAUCCAUCAACUCAGCUCCCCCGGCUAACCAGAUCCCUCCUCCUUCCAAAACCAGUCCUGCUCCCUCCGUUUCUCCAGCCAGCCAGUCGUCGCCUUCACAGACGGCGUCUUCUGCAACAUCCAAUCAGACGCAGGGUCAGAAGGCACCAAAGAAAGGGCCACCGCUGCCCCCCCGCCCUAAACCAGGACACCCUCUCUAUAACAGCUACGCAAAACAGGAAGUCCUGAUUGUCCUGGACGACCCGAGCCCGCCGCCCUCUGAGCCUCUAUCAGGUGAGGGGAGGAGCCAAACUGCCGUCACUACUCUCAUCGAACCAUCACAGUGUCUCCUGGACCUGGACACCCAACCAGAGCCUGUCCCAGAUCAAGACAGCCAAUCAAAACCUGCCCUGGAGGCCCUCGACCUAUCAGAGUCUCAGUCCAUCCUGCCUGUGCAGCCGACUGAACCCAAAGAGCAGCCGGAUCCUCCUCCUGUCAGUGGUCCUCGGUGCGUCGCCUUGUUCGACUACGAGGGCGAGGAAGAGGACGAGCUCACCUUCUCCCAGGGUGAUGUCAUCGCCCUCCUAGAGGUCAUUGGGCAGGAGUGGGGGCGGGGCCAGAUCCACGGGCGAAUCGGAAUAUUCCCCCUGAACUUCGCCAAAGUGGUGGAGCCCCUCCCGCAGCCGGCGCCGUUGCCGGGGGAAACGGCGAAAACUACAUCAACGGAUACGACAGUGAUAGAAAGUACCGCACCAAAGUCCUCACAGGACCUGAACACAGAGGCGGAGGAGUGGGCCGUGGCUCUGUUCGACUUCCCCGGUCAGACUGCGGAGGAUCUGUCUUUCCACAAGGGGGCGCUGAUCCGAGUCACCGAGCACAUCGACUCCGAGUGGAGGAGAGGAAGACUGGAGGGGAAGGAGGGACUUUACCCCGCUGCCUUCACACGGCCCUGCCAGGCUCAGCCAAUCCCAGGCCAGCAGUCAGCGGUUAAGGGCGUGGCCAAGGUUCUGUUUGACUUCAUCGCAGAGAGCGAGGACGAGCUCUCACUAAAGGUUGGUGACAUUAUAACGCAGGUGGAAUCUGUGGAUGAGCAGUGGAUUUUGGCGGUUGUGGGCGGGAAGCGUGGGAUCGUGCCUAAAAACUACAUUUCACUUCUCUGACGUGGAAAUCCUGAAACAAACAAUCGUUGGGGCUCCCCCACCUGUCAAUAACACUACAGAGGGGUUUUCCUGCUUUGUUAACCAGACAAAAACGCACUUGCACGCGGCGGUGACGGCGCUCCAGUCUGCCGUAUUUCAUUUAAAAAAAACUGAAUAUUUCAAUUUCCAGAUAGUUUUUAAUUCAACAAAAUCAGCUUGGUCAGUUUUAUUCCUAGUUUGGUUGCAAAAUUGGAGAAACAGGAACUCUUGAGGUGUGAUGGGAUUGUUUCCGAUGUAACGUCACCCUGGCGACCGAGACCUCGCUGUGCUCACUGUUGUCAUGACGACUGGGAGCUGAACGGACCUUCGCUGCCUUAAAACUGACAGUUACAUUAGACUGUAAGAAAGAUUUUCUUCCUGACUGGACUCUUUUCUUUUCACGGAUUCGGUUCGACUGUCCAAAACUCCAACCUCGAAGCUCGAUUGUUUGAUGUUAGAUGGUCCAAAUCGAUCCCAGUGACGGAAACCAUUGGAGAGAAUAUCAUCCAGAUGGCUGGACACGCGCUUCAAAGAGCCACGACUUCAGCUUUUCCUCUUUUUGUCUGAUCACAGAUGUUUUGCGUAAACUUUGUCAAAAAAUUUUA